AUGAGGGGGAAUAAAUUCAUGGAAUUGAUGGCUCAUAAAUUUACUAAUUGGGAUUUUUAUUUCAGUCCUGUUACUGAAGGCAAAAUUUUGAUCAUUUGGAGGAAGACAUUUGUGAGGGUUAUUAUAAUAGAGGAGACUAAUCAGUAUGUCCACUGUGUUGUUAAAAUGGCUAGUCAGAGGCAUGCUUUCAGUGCUACUUUUGUGUAUGGGCUAAAUACAAUGGAGGAACGGAAGAGAUUAUGGAAAAGUUUACCUAGGUUUACAUUCCCUGCUAAGUCUUGGGUUAUAUUGGGGGAUUUUAAUGCUAUAUUUACUGUUAAGGAUAGAAGUGGUGGAAAACCUGUAUCCAAAUUGGAACUGACGAAUUCUUCUCAAUGGCUUGCUAGGAAUCAAGUGGAGUCGCUUAAAAGUACUGGAUCUUUUUUUACUUGGACGAAUAAUCAAGAUGGACCUGCUCGUAUAUACUCUAAGAUAGACCAUGUCUUUACUAAUGAGGACUGGCUUGAUUUUUUUUUUCCUAAUUUCACAGCUGUUUUUCGUUGGGAAACUGUCUCUGACCACUGUUCUUGUAUUAUUUCUACCACGACCAUGGAGAAUAUGGGUGUCAAACUGUUUAGGUUCUAUAAUUUUUGGACAGAGCAUCAAGAUUUCAAAGAAGUGGUUCUGAAUAGCUGGAGGAAACCAAUUAAUGGUACUGGUUUGAAGGCCAUUUACUUGAAAACCAUGAGGCUGAAACAUAGACUGAAGAGGUUUAACAGGGACAAUAUUGGAGAUAUUGGAGUGAAAUAUCAGGAGGCAAAGGAUCAUUACCAGGAAACUCAACUCCAAGAUCAAAAACAUCCCCGAGACCAUGGGUUUCAAGAGUUAGCAAAGGCUGCUGCUGUAGCAUUUACUAUUCAGGAGCACAUGUACCACAGUUUUUUGGCUCAAAGAAGCAAAAUUACUUUGUUAAGGAAGGGAGAUAUGAACACCUCUUAUUUUCAUGCUUGCUUGAAAAAGUGUAAAGAAGAUAAUAGAAUUGCAACCCACCUCACUGAACAAGGUAGAUUGAUUGAUAAAUUUCCUGAUGUGGUUUCUCAUUUUUUGGAUCACUUUAGAAGUUUUAUGGGUAGUCCCAGUUCAACUACUGUGAAGAUAAAUUUACAAUGUGUUGAGUUGGUCCAAGAUCUCAUCAAGAAUUAUGGGAGGACCUCUACCUCUCCUAGAUGUGCCAUUACGAUAGACUUAAGCAAAGCUUAUGAUACUGUUGAUUGGUGGUUUCUUGAAGAUCUUUUAAACUCUUUUAUGUUUUCCUAUGAAGUUUAUAUUGGAAGGAUUAUGACCUGCCUAAAAAACACAACAUACUCCUUGCUUACGAAUGGAAGGGUUCAAGGUAGUUUCAAGGGAGAGAAAGGGUUGCGUCAAGGUGAUCCUAUGUCUCCGCUUUUGUUUGUUCUAAUCAUGGAAUAUCUUACUCGGAGUCUUCAAUUGGAGUUUAGUGCUGCUACAGGGCUCCAUGUUAAUAGUAGUAAAUCUCACAUCUUUUUUGGGGGAGUUAAUGCAGCAGAUAGACAGACUAUAGCUCAUGAGAUUCAGCUUACUGAAGGGACCUUUCCUCUUAAGUAUCUAGGGGUUCCUAUGCGGCCAACUAAGUGGAAACAUGAAGACUGUGACAUUAUUAUCCAAAAGAUCAAAAUGCAAUUACAUACUUUGGCUAGUAGGCAUCUGUCUUUUGCUGGUCGAAUUCAGCUUAUUCAUUCAGUUUUGUUUGGGCUUCGUAAUUACUGGAUGAGCAUAUUUGUGCUUCCCCAAAGUGUUGUUAAGGAAGUUGAAAAACUUUGCUGUGGCUUUCUCUGGGGAAUUACUAGUAAUAGAAGCAAGAUCCACAUUGCUUCUUGGAAGAAGGUCUUUCUCCCUAAGUCUUAUGGAGGUCUCAGUUUCAGGGAUGGUUCUAAUUGGAAUCAAGCUAUUUUAGCUAAAUAUAUUUGGGCCAUUUUUGAGAAGCAUGAUUUACUUUGGGUCAAAUGGAUUAACUCAAUCUACUUGAAAGGCUCCAAUUUAUGGAAUUACAAGCUGAAACCUGAUUCGAGCUGGUAUUGGAGGAAACUUUGUCAUUUGAGGGGAAAAUUCAAUCUAGCUUAG